AUGAAGGUGCUGUGUCUUGGAUACAGCCGGACCGGGACCAGAUCGUUGAGAGAGGCCCUAUUAACCCUGGGCUUUGUCCAUACUUACCAUACAAUGGAUGCGGCAUUCAUCAAUACGCGCGACUGUCAAACUUGGCUGAAGUGGCUGAGAGCAAAACACGAUGGCAUUGGCAGAAUACCAGGACGAAAGGACUUUGAUGGCUUACUAGGACAUUGUCAGGCCGUGUGCGACAUGCCAGCAGCGUACUUUGCAGAAGAACUUCUCGAAGCUUAUCCAGAUGCAAAAGUAAUCCUCACCACUCGAGACGUAGACAAGUGGCACAAAUCCGUCACCAAUACCCUCGAAGUCGUCGACAACAGCGUAUUCUGGGCCACCAUCGGCCUCUUCGCCUCGCUCCUACGUAUGCCCAACCGCUGGAAUUGGCCCAUGUUCCAGAAGCUACACCAGGUGCUUUACAACCACGACUUUCCGCGCAAUGGCAAGGCGAGCUUUGAGGCGCACUAUGCGCGCGUUCGCGCCCUCGUGCCCGCUGACCGCUUGCUCGAGUACCACGUGAGUGAGGGGUGGACGCCGCUGUGCGCCUUCCUGGACCGACCGAUGCCGGAGGACAACAAUACGCCAUUUAUCAAUCAGACGAGUGAAAUCAACGAUAAGCUAAUGACUAUGCAUAUGGAAAAUUUAAAGGCGCAGGGCAAGAGGGUACUGGAUAUCUGUGCGUACGCGGCGUUGACGUGGUCAGUCGCCCAGGCGCUGCGGGUUGUCAUGGAACGCCAAAACUGGAUUACGAUGAUCUGA